UCUGCGGCAUGCAGACAAGAACUGGGGGGAGGGCAGAUAUUAGGUCUAUGCUAGAGAGUAGGAACGCUACUUCUUAAUAUUACUAGCCAUCUUUCUCUUCCCUCAUUGUCUAAAGAAGUGUUUAUACUCGAUACUGCAUUCAUUUGUGCGUCUGAGCGCGUCAGUAGAGCGGUUUGAUAUCCUCUUUUAAUCCCAUAGCCGCGGUGCUACAGUAGGUCUCUCUCUCUCUUUCUAUUCCUCUGCUGUCUGGUCAUUUAUUUCAACCCGGCGUUUAUUAGAGCUUAGGGGUUUAACAUUUUAUGAAAAAAUGUCGAAAGAUGGAGAAAAAAACGGGUGGAAGGAAUAUAUAUGGAACUCGAGGACGAGGGAGUUUCUGGGUAGGACGGCUAGCAGCUGGGGUCUUAUUCUUCUCUUCUAUUUAGUUUUCUACAUCUUCCUUGCCGGCUUGUUUACACUCACCAUGUAUGUCAUGCUGCAGACUUUGGACGACCACAAACCAACCUGGCAAGACAGGCUCACCACACCAGGCAUGGUGAUUAGACCCAAAGCAGAUGAGACCUAUGAGAUUGUCUAUGACAUCGGGAAAACUGAGACCUGGGACAUGUACGCUCAGGCCCUCCACAAGUUCAUGGCGCCCUACAACAACUCCGUCCAGGCUGAGAAAAAUAACGCAUGCACCCCAGAUCAGAACUUCCUGCAGGAAGACAGCGGCGAUGUGAAGAACAACCCGAAGCGCUCCUGUCAGUUCAACCGCACCAUUCUGGAGGACUGCUCUGGACUCAAUGAUCGUUACUAUGGAUACCAGGAUGGCAAGCCAUGCAUCAUCAUCAAACUGAAUCGGGUGAUUGGGAUGCUGCGGAAGAAUGGACAAGCUCCGUUUGUCACCUGUGGUCCAAAGAGUGGCAAAGAUCAAUGGAGAGAAGACUCUGACAAAAUUGGAGAACUGGUUUACUUCCCUCCAAAUGGCACUUUCAACCUUAUGUACUACCCCUUACUUAUGGCCAAGAAAGCUCAGGUGAACUACUCUCAGCCUCUGGUUGCUGUCAAGUUCCUUAACAUUACUGCCAAUCAAGAUGUCAACAUCGAGUGCAAGAUCAACGCCAACAAUAUUCCCGUUGGAACUGAAAGAGACAAGUUUGCCGGAAGAGUGUCUUUCAAGCUGAGGAUUAACACUAAUACCUAAGUUGACCUUUUCCCUCUGCUGAAAACUACUUUCUUCAUUCUCUGCAACAUUGCACAUCCACAGAAACAAAUCUCAGUAUUCACACCCUUUGUAGGAUUUGUUUACAACCCCCCAAACUUUGGGGGAAAUUGUUUGUCCAGUUGUGUGAUGAAAUGGGGCAAGAAUAAAAGGGUGGUAAUUCUGUCAUUAUUUCUGUCUGUGAGCUU